AUGAAGCUCUUGGUCAUCCUUGCAUUAUUGGUAGCCACAACGUCUGCAGCUCUUCAGGGCUACAAACUGCCUAAUCCAACCCGACCAGGAUUACAACCUGGCGAUAGACAAUCUGCUACCGUUGGUCAUACUAGUAUAUCUCUAGGGCAGACUUCCGCUGGUCAUACUAUUAAUUCGAUAGGGCAGACUUCUGCACAUUCAUCAAGACAAUCGAUAUAUGUGCAUUCUACAGGCCGUUCACAUUCCCCUGUUGCUAGUGCUGCAGCACAUAUCUCGUCUGGAUCUGCAGUUUCCGGAACUGACGGCUUCACGGUAACUGGAAUCUCUCCUGGCUCUGGUGACUCCUUGGCAUCUGGAGACUCUUCAGGAUCCGAAGUGUCUACUACUAUUGCAUUUUCAAGAGAAAAGGGAAAUAUCGAAACACCAUGCAGAGAUGGAGAGGUGCGCCAUAUUGACGGCUCAUGCAUCGUUCCCGAAAUCACACGCAAAGUUUUCGUCGUCUCUGUACCGAAACAGGCACCACGACCAAGUGACUCUCUUCCAGAUAUUCCACCACCAAGAGUCGACCAUAACAUUCUCUUCGUGCGUCUUCCCGAAGGAGGUGUUGGACCUGAUCCUAUCGUUGUACCUCCACCAAGGCAAGACAACAUCGUAUAUGUCCUCAGUAAGAAUAGUCAGAAUGGACAACGUGUGAUCGAAGUCCCAGCUCCUCCUCCUUCCGAGCCUGAAAUUUAUUUCGUCAACUACGAUGACGGGGAAAACCCGACCCUUCCCGGCGGUGUGGAUCUUCAAACUGCUCUUGCUUCAGCACUUGAGGCUAAUGGUCAAGUAAUUACCAAGGGCUUCGGAGAUAGCCUUGCCGGUCCAGGAGGAAUCAGUGGUGCCAUUGACAUCGGAAAUGUAGCUAGUGUUGCCACUGGAACUGGUGAAGAUACGUUCACCAGCAGCAACACAGGAGUUACAGUUUCUGUUAGUGGUUCACAGGAUUCCCAAACCGGUGUAGCCCCAAGCUCUACAUCGACGGCCUCAUUUCCUAUAUUAACUCAUGCUUUUGCUGAAAAUAAUACUGGAUCCCAGCAGUCAGGUGUUAUCUCUGCAAGUUCACAGAUAAGUGUAGCCACGGCUGCCAGUGUCAAUCAGCCUGUACCAUCUGGUUUGUACUCAACCCCCUAA